CCUACAUGGACAUUUUUCUUCUUGGUAGCUUACAGUGAAAUAGGUAUUGACAAUUCGAAUUGUUUCUUCCUUGUUUUUGCUUUUUCUGCUUCUUUUUUUUUUCGUCUUUUUGUACCAAAAAAAACCCUUUACUGGAUUUAUUUUUGGUACUUUAGUUUUUGUAACUCACUUUUUUGGUUCUUUUGAGGUUUUUCCUCUUUGGUUUGAUUUUUACCCUUGUCUUGUCCUUUUUUUUGUUUUUUUUUUUUUGGUUUUAUUGUUUUAUUCAAUUCAAUUUCAAUUUCAACUUCAAUUCUAUCUGGUCUCUGUUCUUUUUUUAUCACUCAAGGAUGCUCUCAACAUGUGCUUAAUCUCUCGUUUUGCCUCUUGUCAUCAUAUACUUUCUAAAGUGAGAUUCGUUUCUCCUACCUAUCGUCCUUCCGCUUCUUCUUUUUCCACCAGCUCCCGUCUCUCUCAAUCCACAAACUCUCCUUCUUCUACUUUUCUUCCCCAAAGCGCCUUUCCAAACGAACCGUUGGACGAACUUUUCGACUUUUUCAUUGAAGAUGAACACCCAAAAGCUUCUGUUCCCACGUACUAUACCACCAUCAAAUCCAGACUGAUGAGUCCCGUUGAACCUGAACACCUAGUUCGUAUGCCUCUCCCAAAACCCGCCAAACGGUUUUUCCAAGAAGCUCUUAAUCGUCAUCCCCCUUCUUUGCUUCCAGAAGAUCCAAGUCAACAAAUUCUUUCCGCCGGUGCUCCCAUUGAACUCGGAGUUCAUCCUCCUCCAGAACAUCCUGAACAAUUCUUUUCCGAUCUUCGUGAAUCCCUUUCCCAGUCCGAACAAGAGACGACCGAUCUUAUCGCCUACCGUCAUCAACUCCUCACCUGCCAAUCAAGCUUCCAGCUCCAUCAAACCUUUCAGAACCACUUUCUCCCUCGGCUCUCCAAAACUGACGCCUCCGCUUCUUCCGAUACUUCUUCGUACUUUCCUCUUUCUCGAGCUCUUCGCGAUUCUAUGCUCAUUGCCCGUCUCAAUUUUUUAGAUCCCCUCCUCGCCCAUUCUUUCUUUUCCCAUGUCAAACAUACCAGUGUCUAUGCUUAUGUACAAGCUUGCACUACCCAGGUUUACAACCAAGCAUUGUUAUCCCUUUGGCAAGCUUCUCAAGAUCCUUUUAAUCUGCUUCGGCUUAUCACUGAAAUGGAAGCCAACGUUCUUCCCUUCGAUUCCGAAACUCGAGAAGUGUUUCUUGCCAUUCACCAACAAAUCUCCUCUUGGCCUGCCCAUGCCCUUCCUUCUACCUCUGCCCAACAUUUGCAAAAGUUACAGAAAUUCUUGCAUACCGAGCUCAUGUUGUAAUUCCCCUUUCUCUUGCAUGUACAGUGAAUCUUUUCCCAUCUAUUGUAUCUUUUCGUUCUUUUCAAAAUUUUUUAAUAAAAUCUAGGUUCGCUCGUGGAGUGGAGCCUUUUAGUUUUCUUUCUAUAGAUACCCACAUUGUUGUUGAAUUUCUUUCUUGGUAAGACUGUUUCGCCCUCGUCACUGUCAACCGUGUUCUAUUCGUAAUUUAUCUCUUCUUUUUCUUUACCAAGUAUCUCUUUCAUUUCCUUCUUGCUUUUCAUACAUAUUUCUAUUGGAAAUAGUGAUCUGUAGCGUAUGUGAAAUCUAACUUUCUAUAAGCUCUUUCUAGUUCGC